AUGGGUUGGAUAAGGCCCAAGGAUACCCGGAAAGGAGUUGGUGGCGGGAUGAAUUUUAGGAGAAGCCAUGGAAGAAGCAAGAAAGAGGGGAGCGAUCAGGGUGGGGGACUAAUGAGCUCCGGUGGUCUGAUCUUCCGUCAGAGGUGGAACAAUAUGCAAUUUGUCACCAGUGCUUCCUUUCUUCUUACUGUUUAUUCUGAUUACCUUACCUCUGCUCGUUCGAGUAUGCAAUGUUCUUCAGGUCGUGUUGCUCUAUCUGAGCUCUUUUCCACGGUCAAGUCUCAAAUUGACUACAUUCUUGGAGACAACCCGAGAGCGACAAGCUACAUGGUGGGAUACAGAAACAACUACCCACAACAUGUUCACCAUCGAGGUUCUUCCAUCGUAUCCUACAAGGUGAACCCCACAUUUGUUACAUGCAGGGGAGGAUAUGCUACCUGUUAUAGCAAGAAAUCAAGCGAUCCCAAUGUUCUCACUGGUGCUAUCGUUGGUGGGCCUGAUGCGUACGACAACUUUGCUGAUGAAAGAGACAAAUAUGAGAAAACUGAGCCUGCCACCUACAACAAUGCACCUCUCAUUGGCGUUCUCACUAGGUUAACUGGUCACAGUGGUUACAGCCAGGUACUUCCAGUUGAGAUACCAGACGUUCAUCCUACUCUUGCACCAAAGGCUUUAAAGCCUACUCCCUCGCCAGAGACCAAACCAGUUCAUGCUUCAACUUCAUCAUCUGAUCAUAUUGGCAUAAAUCAGAAGGCCACCUCGUGGGUUAACCAAGGACGAACAUACAACAGAUACUCGACAACUUUGACUAACAUGUCUAACAAGACUCUCAAGGACUUGAAGCUGUCUAUUAGCAAGCUUUACGGUCCAAUUUGGGGUCUUACUAAAAUCCGGAAAAUUCUUACAGCUUCCCAGCUUGGCUCGAUGUCGUACCAGCUGGAAAGAGCCUCGAAUUUGUUUACGUUCAUGCUUCAACUCCUGCCAGUGUUUCAGUCUCAAGUUACAGACUCUCCUAAGGAAAAACCGGCUUACAGGUAUGAAUGA